AUGUCUGAUCAAAGAAGAUCACAGGUGAUUAUUGAAAACCCUAUUGGGGAUGGCCUAAAUGGCUUUCGCAACAGAUUCAAGUCAAUCUGUGGAGACGAUGUCGAUCAGCUUACACAGGAGGGUGAGGCACUCCAUCGCAAAAUCUUUAUUUUGGCUAACUUGAAUACAGUUAUGCAAUCUCUCGCGGUCGCCCUCGUGUCAGCCCUUGAGGGUCUUCCCGCUGCUGGUCUUCUGCUGUCCAAGUCGGGAGGAACUCUUCAACGGGGUCUGCUUCAACUUAUCCUAUCGGGUCAUUUCGACCUUGAUCGAAUCAAACCACUUUUCAAAGCAUCUCUUGUGGAGACAUCAACAGAUGAAGAGAUAUGGAAUCUUGUGGACGUGGCCGUAACGGAAUCUACGCCGCCCCCUCGAGCGGUUGCCUCCUCCCUCCAACAAACCCCCUGGCUCCAAAAAACGAGUAGCUUCGCGAACUCCUCUGAAUACCGCCAAGAUGUUGACAGGGUCCUCAAGUCAGAGCUUGGGUCUCUCUAUGUAGGGCUCCCGCAUUUCCGCUCAACAUUCUUUGGAAAUAUCAGUGGUCUUCAAGCAGCAUCCGAUGCUGUAUUCGAAAGAUGCACUGAAGGUAGCAAUCCGAUUUUUGCCGACGGGUGGAAAGGUUGGCCAAAAGAUGCAAACCAGGAGGAUGUCUUGAGUUGGUUUGCAGAUCUGAGUGAGAAACUGGCAACGUUCUCAGUAGACUACAAUUCUGCGUCGACGUACCUGCGAAGGCCACUCGCACAGCCCAAUAUACCCAUAAAGGGUUCUACAGCAGAGCGUAAGCUAGACAUCGGCUUUAUGAGUGAUACUACCGCUGGAAAGGAUACCCGAUGUCAUUGGUCACAGGUCAUCGUUCCUGGAGAGCUAAAAAGCAAUCCGGCAGCUGAUACAGCUUCUAAGGCAUGGCUUGACUUAGGGAGAUAUGCUAGGGAAGUUCUUGCGGCCCAAGAUACACGCCGAUUUGUCCUGGGCUUUACUAUAUGUGGAUCCUUUAUGAGGAUAUGGGCAUUUGACCGUCUCGGGGGAGUCGCAUCCGAACGGUUUGAUAUCAAUGAGGAUGGGCUCCAGUUCGUGUCCACUAUUCUCGGUUUCCUAUGGAUGAGCAAGGAGGAAUGUGGGUUUGACCCUACGAUUACCUCGAAAGACGGCCAGCGAUUCAUCGAGAUAGAGCAGAACGGCCGGACCGAGCGUCUCAUUCUCGAUAGAUUGAUGAUGCGGGCACCUUGCAUAGCGGGUCGAGCAACAACAUGCUGGAAAGCGCAUCGUGAAGGCGACCCUAGGGUUCCGCUUGUUGUUAAAGACUCUUGGCAAUAUACAGAGCGUGACGAGGAAGGUAAGCUUCUCCAAGAAGCCACCGAACGAGGUGUUAUCAAUGUCGCACGGUAUUAUCAUCAUGAGACGGUCUGCAUCCGUGGUGAAAUUGAUGAUAUCCGGGACAACGUCCGUGGCGGCUUGGACAUCAGAACCGCGAGGAAUUAUCGACCAGAACGAGUGGCGCUCUCGACUGGCAUAAGUGUGGCUAAUACUCCACGAAAGGGCCGGUCCAGUGUGAAGCGCUCUUCUAGUCAAACUGGCCUCUUUCUACCACCUAAUAAACGAUCAUGUUCGGCAUCUCCUACCAAGGCAUCUGCUGCCAAGGUAUCUAAUACCAAUGCAUCCAGCAACCCACUGCCAAACCGAGUGCAUCGGCGUGUCGUCCUGCGCGACUAUGGUAAACCAAUUUACAAGGCUAGCACUCAUUCGGCCCUGCUUGCCGCAUUGGAGGGUUGCAUUACAGGACAUCAGUCCUUGCAACAGGCAGGGAUCCUUCACCGAGAUAUCUCAAUCAAUAAUAUCAUGAUCAAUGAAGACAAAGAGAAUCCUUCGUGGCCGUCGUUCUUAAUUGAUCUUGAUCUGGCCAUCAGAGAGCAACGAGACGGUGUAUCUGGAGCAACUGGAAAGACCGGCACGAGGGCCUUUAUGGCAAUUGGCUCUCUUCUGGGCGAGAAGCAUUCUUUUAUGCAUGACCUUGAAUCGUUCUUCUGGGUGAUCUUUUGGAUAUGCAUCCAUUAUGACGCGCCAGGCAAGGGAAGAACUGUUGCAAACUAUGACAGGUGGAACUUUAUGGAUACAGGGAUUUUAGCUGGCCUAAAGAAAGGCGAGAUAGCCGAUGAAGCGGAUUUUGUGAGAUCCGCGAAUGAGUACUUCACAGAGUACUAUCAGCCACUAGUUCCAUGUGUUAAUACACUUCGGAAGGCUGUUUUCCCUAAUGGAAGCAGGUGGAGAAACGAAGAUAUGGGGUUGUAUGAUCGGAUGAAAGGUAUUCUACAGAAGGCGCGCGAUGACUGA